AUGACUGAUAAAGAUGUAUUUCAGGGAAUCGUCAGACGGUUCCAAAAGGUGUUGAGGACACAACAGGGAAAGCUGCCUGAACUGGGUGUGAAAAAUGCGCCACUGGAGGACUCUGAGAUUAUCAGAGAUAAAGCUGACAGUCCAUUCACCUGGGCUGUAGGCGACUCGAGCCGUGGACCCCAGGCGUGCGAGGCCGACGCUCACCCAUUUAGGCUGACAGUCGUUUCAACAGUGCCACAGCCACGAAAACAGUGCCACAGCCACAAGAACAGUGCCACAGCCACAAGAACAGUGCCACAACCACAAGAACAGUGCCACAGCCACGAGAACAGUGCCACAGCCACGAGAACAGUGCCACAGCCACGAGAACAGUGCCACAGCCACGAGAACAGUGCCACAGCCACGAGAACAGUGCCACAGCCACGAGAACAGUGCCACAGUCACGAGAACAGUGCCACAGCCACGAGAACAGUGCCACAGCCACGAGAACAGUGCCACAACCACAAGAAUAGUGCCACAACCACAAGAACAGUGCCACAACCACAAGAACAGUGCCACAGCCACAAGAACAGUGCCACAGCCACAAGAACAGUGCCACAGCCACAAGAACAGUGCCACAACCACAAGAACAGUGCCACAACCACAAGAACAGUGCCACAGCCACAAGAACAGUGCCACAGCACCAAGAACAGUGCCACAGCCACAAGAACAGUGCCACAGCCACAAGAACAGUGUCACAGCCACAAGAACAGUACCACAGCCACGAGAACAGUGCCACAUUCACAAGAACAGUGCCACCAAAAGGGCGACAGAACAGUGCCACAGCCACAAGAACAGUGCCACAGCCACAAGAACAGUGUCACAGCCACAAGAACAGUGCCACAGCCACAAGAACAGUGCUACAGCCACAAGAACAGUGCCACAUUCACAAGAACAGUGCCACAUUCACAAGAACAGUGCCACAGCCACAAGAACAGUGCCACAGCCACAAGAACAGUGACACAGCCACGAGAACAGUGCCACAGCCGCAAGAACAGUGCCACAGCACCAAGAACAGUGCCACAUCCACAAGAACAGUGCCACAGCCACAAUAACAGUACCACAGCCAGAAGAACAGUGCCACAUUCACAAGAACAGUGCCACAUUCACAAGAACAGUACCACAGCCAGAAGAACAGUGCCACAGCUACAAGAACAGUGCCACAGCCGCAAGAACAGUGCCACAGCCACAAGAACAGUUCCACAGCCACAAGAACAGUGUCACAGCCACAAGAACAGUGCUACAGCCACAAGAACAGUGCCACAUUCACAAGAACAGUGCCACAUUCACAAGAACAGUGCCACAGCCACAAGAACAGUGCCACAGCCACAAGAACAGUGCCACAGCCACAAGAACAGUGCCACAACCACAAGAACAGUGCCACAGCCACAAGAACAGUGCCACAGCCACAAGAACAGUGCCACAGCCACAAGAACAGUGCCACAGCCACAAGAACAGUGCCACAGCCACAAUAACAGUGCCACAGCCAGAAGAACAGUGCCACAUCCACAAGAACAGUGCCACAGCCACAAUAACAGUACCACAGCCACAAUAACAGUGCCACAUCCACAAGAACAGUGCCACAGCCACAAGAACAGUGCCACAGCCACAAGAACAGUGCCACAGCCACAAUAA